GGGCUGGACUUGUAGUCUUAAGGCCCCUAAAUUACAGCCAUGUAACUGAGCCAACUCCUCCGUUUAUGGUGGAAACAUUGGAGCCAGCAAGGGGAGGUGGCUUGUCCUGUGUUGCAGAACGAAAACCUGACUUCCAAUCCAACAGCUCUUCCCAGUAGCGCUUUGCACCCAUAUGGAGUAUAUACUGUGUGUGCCAGGAGCACCCCUCUGUACAGCGGAGGCUGGUCCCGGGAUCGGGGAAAGGUAGGUGGCAGGAACACCUGUAGCACAUUCGUUUUUCUAUCUUCAGGACCUGAUGAGCAUUCACAGGACUAAAUAAGCCCUCACCUAACGCUUACGGAAGGAGAGCUCUGGCAGACCCAGCACCACUGUCCCUAAAAGGCUUAAAGGAAAACGUGGGUGGGACACACGUAGAAACAGUUGCUUUAAUGACCAAGGUGAACUCAGAAAAAAACUUCUCACCUGUAUCUGGUUUAAACCUCCUCUAGGCUUCAGUCCAGACCCUGAAUGGCUGAUCUCCACUUGGCACCACCUCUGCCUGUGGGUGUAAUGCUCCCGCAUAAUAAAACAAAAGCUCCCGGGCUCCACGCAAGUAAGCAAGACCCCUAUGAAAAAGGUGACUCUCCCCAGCUGACCUCAAUGGGGCACCUGAGGCAUCAUUCCCAGGAGAAGCUUUUGAGCAACAAAGAGCUGACGCUGAAUCAUCUCUACCCUCACUCCAAACGGCACACCUGUGAGAGAGCUGGGAGCUGCUUCUGUGCCCACCGUGCUGCACUCAGCCAGCAAGAGCCAAAAAGCCACCUCCAGAGCCAAGCCAAGGAUUUGUUUUACUCAUCAGGCCCUCAGUCCCGGUACCCCAAAGCAAAUAACCAUGAAUUCAUCCCCUUUACAAAGAAGCGAGUUGGAGUGGACCGGGCAUACCCACUGAAACCUGUGUUCCACAGGAAGUCUCAUAGUACAGGUGAGACUGGCAUGGAUGGGGACCAAGACGUCUCUCCAAGACCCCCUGAGCCAAGGGAGUUGUCAUACAGAGGCUUUGGUUUGAGGAACUGGGCCGGCUCAUCUGUGGUUGGUACUGUUGCUGCCAGGCAGGGGGAGAGGACCAUGGCAAACCCCACCCGGACCGAGUGGCUGCAGAUCCAAAGACUAGAAGCUGCAGGGGAGAAUUUAGAGGAGGAAAUUCGAAGAAAAGAGACCCUCUUACGGGAAAAGCUGAAGAAGACAGAAGAAGAACUCAGAAGGAUCCAGAAGGAAAAAGAACAGGCUGAGGAAAAUGAAAAAAGAGAGUUCCAGAGACUGACACUGCCCAGGAGGAGACUUAAAGGUAAUAGCAACACCACGUACAGACCUGUCUUCUCCCCAGACUAUGGCUCUAAGGAGGUCUUCAGUGGAGAGGAGGAAACCUGGGGAGGGUCUCAAGAAAAUCGUAGUCCAUUCCAGUUCUCUGGUUAUGGGAUGCAGAAGCUCAAAAGGGAAAGACUAGUGGCAAACAACAACAAAAUCCGAGACCAAGCCUCGGGGCAGGUGAAGGAGAAGUGUCCUCAGCCUACAGAAGCGCCAGGCAGCCAUUCUAACUGGUCUAGGGCACCACACUCCUCAGGUUCCAGCUGUUCCACCGAAGAGCCAGAACUGGGCAAAUGCAGCCACUGUGGACGCAACUUUCUCUUGCUCAGGCUGGAGAGACACUCCAACGUCUGCAGCAGGAUGCAGGGUUCCAAGAGGAAAGUGUUUGACUCCUCCCGGGCCCGGGCCAAGGGCACAGAACUAGAGCAGUACUUGAACUGGAAGGGACCAGCCUCAGCCAAGGCUGAAGCUCCUCGGAAGAGCAACUGGAGACAGAAGCAUGAAUCCUUCAUCCGUACUCUCCGCCAGGCUCGAGAGGUCCAGCGGGUAAUUGCCAAAGGUGGAAACCCCUCAGACUUGCCUCCCAUCCCGCCUGCAGAAAAUCCAGACUAUAUUCAGUGUCCUCACUGUAGCCGUCACUUUGCUCCCAAGGUGGCUGAGCGGCACAUUUCCAAGUGCAAGACCAUCAAGAACCGUCCUCUGCCUCCAAGGAAGCAUUCCAGUUGAGCAGACAACAGUGGAAACCUCCUCAGUCGUAACAGAAAGCUCUGCUUCUCUUGAGCAGUACGUAGGAGUAGAAUGAUUUGAUGCAAAGCAGGAAGAACUAGAACUUGUACAUCUCCCAGAUCGGCCUGCAGAGCUGAACUCAGGGAGGAGAAACCCACUGCUAAGCAGCAGGAGGCAGAAGGAAGUCUCAGCCUCCCACUGAAUUACCACCUCAGGCUGGUGUGCCUCAUGUUACUGCCCUAAGAACUGAUGGGUGAAGACAGUUAAGAGUGGCGAGCAGGCUACAUUAAAGCUAUCUUCUCAGGA